AUGGUUUCCAUCACAGAACAAACCGCCAUUUUGGCCAAGUACCUUGAUUUGGACCAAAGAGGUAAGAUCCUCGCCGAAUAUGUCUGGAUAGACUCUGAAGGUCAGACCAGAUCCAAGUGUAAGACUUUGGAUAAGAAGCCAUCUUCUGUGGAGGACUUGCCAGAGUGGAACUUUGACGGUUCUUCUACUGGACAGGCUCCAGGCCACGACUCGGACGUGUACCUCCGUCCAGUUGCUUUCUACCCAGACCCAUUCAGAAAGGGCGACAACAUUAUUGUUUUGACUGAAUGUUGGAACAACGACGGUACCCCAAACAAAUUCAACCACAGACACGAGUGUGCCAAGUUGAUGAGCGCUCACUCCGAUGAGGAGGUCUGGUUCGGUUUGGAGCAAGAGUACACCUUGUUUGACCAAUACGACCAGGUUUACGCUUGGCCAAAGGGAGGUUUCCCAGCUCCUCAGGGUCCAUACUACUGUGGUGUUGGUACUGGUAAGGUCUACGCCAGAGAUGUUAUUGAGGCCCACUACAGAGCAUGCUUGCACUCUGGUAUCAACAUUUCCGGUAUCAACGCCGAGGUUAUGCCAUCUCAAUGGGAGUUCCAGGUUGGACCUUGCGAGGGCAUUGCCAUGGGUGAUGAGUUGUGGAUGGCUCGUUACCUUUUGCUGAGAGUCGCUGAGGAGUUCGGUGUUAAGAUCUCCUUCCACCCUAAGCCAUUGGCUGGAGACUGGAACGGUGCUGGUUGCCACACGAAUGUCUCCACCAAGAACAUGAGAGUCGAGGGUGGUAUGAAGUACAUCGAGGAUGCCUUGGGCAAGUUGGCCAAGAGACACAAGGAGCACUUGGCUCUUUAUGGUUCCGAUAACGACAUGAGAUUGACUGGUCGUCACGAGACUGCCUCCAUGGAUGCUUUCUCCUCCGGUGUUGCCAACAGAGGUGCCUCUGUGAGAAUCCCAAGAUCUGUUGCCAAGGAGGGCUACGGCUACUUUGAGGACAGAAGACCUGCCUCCAACAUUGACCCAUACUUGGUCACUGGUAUCAUGGUUGAGACCAUCUGCGGUGCCAUCCCAGAUGCCGACAUGUUCAAGGAGUUUGCCAGAGAGACCGAG